UCGCAAUUUAUUCGCUUCUCAGUGCAGCUGUAGGAUAACGUGCAUACAAGUGCAUUCCAUCGGACAAUGAUCUGACCGUCAAAGUGAUGCGCGAGAGGUCAUUAUCCCUUAUCGCACCAACCGAUCAAUAUUAUCGACCCUGAGACAGGAAAGGGUAGGCUGUCCACGUUGGAGGUUGAUUCACGAUAGUUCCUAUGGAAACCCCAACGACGAUCGAACAGUCCAAGGGGCCCGUCGGCGUUUCUUCCUCCUCGUGCAGGCGUAUAGACUCAAGUCAGAAUUGUUGAAAGACAACAAUGGCCUUCCAAUUGGACGAUCUCCUCAAAGACGACAAGAAGGACGCUAAUUUGAUUCCAGAUCUGAGCAAAGCCACUUGCAACUCUCAGGAAGAAUUUAGAAGACUCUUGGAACGUUGUCCAGAGUACAAGAUAAAGCCAGAGAAGAUAAAAAAAGAAGACAUUAAGGUGCGCGACAAAGAAUUCUCUUGGCGAGCAACAAAACGUGAACUUAGGGCGAUAGAAAGAGAAUGGAGUUAUGGUGAUCCAGUUCCACCGGAUAUGCGAUCUUUGAACCUGAGGGAGCUUCAGCAAGUCUCAAUAGAUUGGCGAAUGUUGACACCAAUCAGACCGAAGCUACGUCAGGACGAAGAUAUGUUCUCCAGACUGAUAGAAAUGGGAAAGUUGCAAGCAAAGACAAUGGACAAGGAAAGACGGUCGUUCGUUAGUCCAGUAAGACGCAACAAGAAUCGCGCUGGAAUCAUUGAGAGUAGCGUGAAGAUCUGCACAGAGUGCGGUGAAGAAUUUUGUCUUGGCGAAGCCUGCGGCGACAUUUUAUAUGACUCUUGUAUAAGGGUCACUGUGAGCAUCCAACAACCAAAGGUCAAAGUAUCUGCGGACACUGCCGCCAUCAUAGCCAGUAUGGAUAGUCAGAAGCGACGUAAGAAAAAGAAAAUCUCUAACAAUAAGCCCAAGAAGAAAGUUAGAUUAUUGGUAAGGAGCAAAGCCAGGAAAUCUUCAAAAAAUGACACGGACACCGGAAGGAGAACAGGAAAAGAGGUAAACGACGACGAGGAAACCGGAACUACGAAGAAGAGAUUUAAGAGAAAGUGCAAUAAGUAUUCCAAGAGCGGUAGAGUGUCGCUAAAAUAAUAUUUCAAGAUUUAACGUACUGAAAAACUAAAAUCAAAAUAACAAGCACCUCGCAAAAUUAUAUGAGGCACUUUUAAAAAUAAUUUUUUUUUUAGAAAAUCGCUUUCAUAGACAAGACGACUAGAAUUUGCAUUGGUAUCAUAAACGAGAAUAGUAUAGAUCCAGUAGAAGAAGACUGAACUGAUAAUAAUAGUUAAAGAAGAAGUAUAGUAACGUAAAAUAAUCAUAGGACCACCAAAAAAAUUUUGUAAUCCAAUUUUCUCGUAUCUACGUAUUUUAUUUAAUGUGCUCCAACUAAUUGUUCUUCGUGUUCCCCAGAAACAAAAAUUCAGAAAGACAAGUAGCAAUGUAAGAAAAAUAAAAUACUAAAAUUCGAAAUAAACAAAUAUGAGAAAAUUUUUAAAAAGAGCUAACUUACAUGCACGAAAGUUCACGACGUCUUCUUAACAAACAAAUAUUAUACUAAACAUAGUUAUAGAUUAUUAUUAUAUUAUUGUAGUAUGUACAAAUUGCCCUAGGCGCACCAAAAACGUUUACUUGUACAUACAAGCGGGCUUAGUGAAUGGCCUCAAGUAAAUGCUGGAAAAAUAUA